UGGCGGAAUUAAGAAUGCUUGUAAAAACAUUAACAGACAAGGUUCAAGGAUACGAACAAGAGUUGACGGAGCUAAAGAGGCAAAAGGUAACUGAAAAUGGAGAUAGGGCUCAUGUUGAGAGUCAUGUGGGGGAAGGCAGUUCCUCACAUCCUGCCACUCUGAGAGAUCAUGAGUCUAGAAGGAAAGAAAUUAGGCAGGAGGAACAGAGAGCCCCACCGACCAUUACUGAUGUGUGGGAAACUGUUAGGAAGUUUAACCCUCCUACGUUUGAUGGUAACCUUAAACCAUCCGUGGUAGAGGAAUGGGUGAAGAGACUCGAAUCCAUCUUUCGAGUAGUCACAUGCACCAGCAAUCAAAAAGUACAAGUAGCAUUAGUGCUCCUAGUGAAAGGAGCAAGAGAUUGGUGGGAGACAGCAGGGCCCAGGGAUGAUUCUACACUCACCUGGGAGGAAUUCAAGGAAAAAUUAUUUAGGCAUUACUUUCCAUCAGAGUUAAGGUCUGAGAAGGAAGCGGAAUUCCAUGCCUUUAAGCAAGGGAACCUCGAUGAGGACACAUUCAUUGCUAAGUUUCAGGAGUUAUCUAGAUACUCCACGUACCUGCAGUAUAGGGAUGAUUCCGAAUGGAAGGCUAAGCGCUUAUUGGAGAAGGCUAGACCAGAAUUGAGGGAACAAUUGGCUCAUCUAGAUAUCCGAGAUUAUGAUGAAAUGUGCAUAAAACUACAAGUAGUAGCUCGCAGUAAGAAGGAGGUUGAGAGAGAGAAGAGGGGUUAUUCAUAUAGUAGACCCCCAACCUACCCUCGACCCACCGGAGGCAUUAUGAAGAAAAACCAUCAGGGUUCGAGUAGCUCAUGGAACCAAGGAAGGCAGAAGGGUCCAUUUCAAAGGGGCCAAGGACAGAGGAGCUAUCAUAGUAGUUAUUACGGGUCACAGAGGAGCCCAACAGUAUCUACCCCUGCCCCGAGUACAGCGAGCUCUCAACAGUGCACUAAAUGCGGGCGUCGUCAUUUCGGACAGUGCUGGAUCUGUUACAUUUGUGGGAAACCCGGUCACAUUGCAAAGUUUUGUGGGGACAACCAGGGCUCAAAUAUGAAGAACCCUUCCCAACAUCCUACUGUCUCUGGUCGUGUGUUUGCUCUUACUCAGGACACCAUGAACUCCCCAGAUGCCAUUAGAGAUUAUAUUGACAAAGAUAGUGGUGAAAAAGGAGUUGUGAAGGGGAACUUGUUAUUCAAGACACAAGGAGCGAAUCCGGCUGAGAAAGCACCAGAGGUGUAAUUAUGGUGUAUGAGACACCAUCUUUUACGUUGCCUCUUAUUUUGGAUUAUACAAUGUAUCUUGUGCCAACUUAGGACAUAUCUUGUCUAUGAAGCAUGUAAACUCUAAUCCUUUUUA